GAUCUCUACCAUGCCCUGGAGGCCGCCGCCGGUCUCGCGGCGGGAUCGGAGGAGCAGCGGUUGGUGGAGGUGGUCCUGGCGAAGCUUCGGCACGUCGGCGCGCAUCUGCCUGAGGCGCAGCGCAAGGAGUUGGAGGAGCCUGGGGGUUGGAGGUGGAAGUUGGGAGGCGAAGAAGACUCGGAGUUGGACCAGCAGUGCGGCAAGCUGUGCCUCCAGGCCGAGCAGAACAUCAACGAG